AUGGAAUGUAAAGAAAUUAAUGGAAUAGAUAUGACUAGAUUGAGUACAAUGGAUAGUUUGAAGACGACGAGGUACGAAGAGUCGGACUACAGAGAUCACGAAGAUAAGUACCUGCUGCUGCUGGAGAAAAUAAGAAGAAGAGGAUUCGAGCCGAAGACGCUGGGAGAAGUGCUAAAAAGUAGAAAUAAGAAGUGGGCGAAAACACAGUGCAUACACGCGAGCGCAAAGGAGGACUUCAUAAGACACCUGCAAAUGUACAAAAAUCAGUUUAAGUCGUACAAUAAGACGCCAGACGGCUGGAUAGCGAAGGACUACCACGAAACGUACAUGACAAGUAAGACGAAGAGUAGAAGCACCUCAGUGAAGGAAAGAACAACAAGCAUGAGGAACGAAGGCAUGGUGUGGAGCAGCAUCAUAUUCUGCCCAAAUUUCAGACCAGGAGGAGAGAUCGUGCACAGGUACUCGAGAAGAACGGAAAAGACGUACAACACGCUCUACAAAACGAUCAAAGACGGCUGGGUGCACCCGAAUCUGCUGGUGUGCCUAAUCAGAGACGCGACGCACCCAGUGAGGUUCGCAACGCCGCCGGAUCAGGACUGCUACACAGCAAUAUACACAGGGCCCGAGAUCAGCGAAAGCAUGAACACGAAGGUGAUCUUCGGAGAGUACACAGGCAUCGUCUACAGAGAGGACUCGAUCCCAGACUCGAUCUUCGAGUACGCAUUUGAGCUAAACUUCACGUCGGCAUCCUGGGUGGACGCGGAGCUGGAGUACAGGAACGACAAGCAGUACAUAAGGGACAUGAACGGAACGAUUUUCCUCCCGAACAACUCGAAGUACGUGCUCGACAGCAGCCACGCGUUCAACGAGCUGUCAAUGGUGAACCACUGCCAGUCGAUCGGAGCGUACGGAGGAGAGUACUUCUUGCAGGCAAACUGCGAGUGGCAGCAGGUGAUAUUCGACGGCUGGCCGCACGUUAUCCUGACGAACAAGCAGGGCGUGAAGAUACAGACUGGCGACGAGCUGAUUGCGGAUUUCGGGGCGCUCUGGUUCCAGAAGGUCGAGGAGAACUGCCACAGGCAGCUGAAGAGGGAGUUGAUCCAGUACCGCCUGCUCCACAGCAACCUGAAGCCUACGGUGACCUACGAAGCAUACGGACCAGGCAAAGGCACGUAUAACACCCAUGCAAAUAACCACAGUGCCUACAAUGACUACGCUGGCUUCAACCAUGGCUCAGGCAGUAGCCACAACGGGAACCCGUACGUCAGUAACAGGGCGGUCAACGGAAUGGACAAAGCGAGGUUUGAGCUGCUGAGGCAGGAGCUGCCUGUGGACAAGAGCCUGGACGACCUGGACGUGUGCGUGGUGAACAACAACACGUCGUACGUGUGCGCAAUCUGUCUGGACGAGGACCUCAACGUUAACCCGAACACGUCGACGAAGAAGCUGCUGCAGCAAAGAGCGCCGCCGAACGCAAGUAACAUGGCGAACAAGGAGGAAAUGGGAUACAGAGACGACGAGGACGAAGACGAGUGCAUAGUGUGCGACGGCUGCGACAGAAUAUUCCACACGAAGUGCCUGCAGGACGUGACGAGCACAGCAAUGAACUACAUACAGAUGGACGUCUACGGCGCAAAGUUCAUCGACUUCAACACGUACCUGAAGACGGGCUCGGGAGGACCGGGAGAAAAGGUGGCCGCGGGAAUCGGAGGAAAGCUCGACCUGAGUCUGAGGAAGUGGUACUGCAUGUACUGCAGGUACCUCUGCAAGCAGAUCAUUCAGCACGACCUGAACCAGGACUUCAUGCCGCUGCAGUCGUGCAUCUACGUCUCAAGCAACGCGCCGGCGACCGCGGGAGGAAAGGCGCCGUCGAGCGCGGAGGGAAGCACGGGCCUAGAAGAGGCCAGCGGUCUGAACAGAGCGGACAUGGCCGACGUGACGACGACGACGACGAGCAGCAGCAGCAGCGGUGACUCGGCGAACGAAGACAACGACAUCGAUAUGGACGCGGCCAACAGCGAAAAGCUGCUGAACCUUAACAAGAUAACGAACUACAUAAAUAAGCUGACGAGCUUUAACCUGAGUAACAACUACGACGACGUGGACCUGGAGAGCGUGGGCACGUGCGUGAACAACGACCUGGGAGAUAGUAGAAGCGGAAACCAAAUGAACAUUGACGAUGAAGGAGUGGAAGUAGAGUGUGUAAGAAGUAACGAAGCGGAGGAAGGAGAGAAGAAGAAAAAGGAAAAAAAUAAAAUGUAUAAAAGGAAAGAUAAUGUGUUCGGAAGGUACGCGAAGAGAAGAAAGAAGAGAGUGCAAGUGAUAAAGAAAAAAUCGACACUGUUUAAAGGAAAUAGCAUUAAGACUAUGCAUAGAAUGAAGCUGGUGAAUAAGCCCACGACACUGGAGAUAGCGAAGCACCUGAUAAAGCAGAAGAUACUCUCGCUGACCUCGGAUAGAGUAAACAUAGGGCAGAUAAGGCUGUUUGGAAACUACACGAACUACGGAUGCAAUUUCGGAAAGAUCAACGCGAAGAUAAAGAACCUGUUCAACAUAAACCUAUACAGAGACAACUGCCGCAAGCAACAGUACAGCUACAGGGACGACGGGUCUGAGCACAGCUACAAGGACGGAGCGACGACAUACAGAGACGGGUCGCCCAGAUACGCAGAUGGAUCGGCCACCUACAGAGAAGGGUCUGCUGGCUAUAGAGAAGCGUCUAGAUACGGAGAUGGGUCUAGGGUAUAUAGAGACGUGUCGACAGGCUACAGAGAAGUAUCGCCCAGGCCAGGAGGGCCUCCAGCAUAUAGAAGUGAGGGCGUGGCAUGCAAGUUGGUCGACCCGUUUCAGAAAAAGGGAGAAGGCCAGCUCAACAAGUACAGAAGUGACCAGACCAGUAGAUACAGCAACUAUAGCUACAGCAGUGGGCACGACUAUUACAAAGGCUACGGCAUGGUUACCGACAGAGAUAGCUGGGGGUCGCAAUCGCAGGUGCACUCAGUGUUACAAGCACAGACGCAGUCGUACGCACCAACGUACUCGGUUCCACAAGGACAGCAGCAGCAGUACUCGCGAACACAUCGAGAGACUGACUCGAGCGUGGUGGGAAACGUAGUCGACUACCUUAACUGCAGAUACCUGGCGGGAAUGUGGCAGCUGGAGCCCUUUGCAAUCUUCGGAGAAGCAGUGAGAGUCUGCGUGGAGUGCAACAGGAAGUGCGGGCCCAAGGCGAACGUGUACGUGUGCAGAAUACUGAAGAGGCACCUGGGAGGCAACUUCGACCACCCGAAGGCGACUAACGUGGAGCAGAUGAGAGAGUUGAUACUGAUAGCGUACGAGCAGCACGUGUCGUACCUGCUGAGGCUGCUGGUCCUGAAGAACGUGACGAUAGACUUCCUGGUCAAGUUGGCGCUGCACUUCAUAACACAGCCGUUCUGCAAGAAUCAGCAGUCGCCAGCAAGCGUGAGCACAGCAGGCGGUGUGGCUACGCCCAAUAAUGGGAAUGGAAAUAAAGUAGAAAGCCUGAGCACUAGCGUAAACAUGAAAGGAGAUUUGAGGCACUGCAAUGAAGAUAGCACGGCCAAUGGCACGAACGCAGGGAAGAGCGCAGCAAGCAGCAAUGUUAAGAACGACGAUGACGCAGCAGUCAGCGGCAACAACGUAGCGCCACUAACGAACAGUCUCAUGAGCACCACGAGUGUCCCGGUAAACCUGAACGAGAUGAGCAAGAAGGAAAGAAGAGAGUACAUGAAGAACUAUAGAAAGGAAAGGCGGAACAAGGAGAUGCUCUCAGUGCAGGUGAGCGAGUUUGUUAGAGCAAUAGCAUACAACAUGCGGAGAGUACCAAACGGAGACGGCACCUUCAACUACGCGCUCCUCGAGACGCUGGGAGGCCUGGAGAAGGACUUCGUGCGUCUGGUCGACUGCGGAGACAUCUGCAGCUACAUCAACGACCUGGCGAGCUACAUGUGCUUCAGCAACGACCAGGUGCCCAGCAACAUUCAGCAGAUCCUCUCGCGGGAGGAGCUGUCAAGAUUCGCACACUUCAGGCGCCACCUGAUGAAGGAGCCAGGGUUCUUCGGCAACGACGUGAGCGGGGCUAACACAAACGCCUCGUCGGACUACAACGACCCGUUCCCGACGCCCCAGUACAACGACCCGGGCACUGCGAGCCAGGGGAGCAGCGCGAGCAAGAGCGAUAGCAGCGAGUCGGGCAAGAGGCCGAAGGAAGAGGACGACUUCGUGCCGCUGCUGGGAAUAAGGCCGGGGCGGUCAGUGCUGUACCGCAAGUUCUCGGACGGAUACUACCAAGGCAUCGUGAGCACCUACGGAAACUCAUCGUACUUUAAGAUCGAGUACAGCGACGGGGACGACGAGCUCAUGGACCCGCUGGACCUGCUCAACGAGCUUGUCGGGAACCUGAACAACAUCAAGAGCGUUCUGCUUCAGCUGUCCUCAAACGACAUCAGGAACUACCAGUACCUGCUUCUCCUCAGGGGACACAACGUCAACAGCGCUGCCGGGAAGGACAGGCUAGAGGAGCUGUGCACGCAGCUCAGGAAUUACAUGCUCAAUCAGCUGGUACACAACAAGGUCGGUUCCAGGAAGUACAAAAAAAGGUCAUGA